GCUCCAGGUGGUCACGAGUUGGUAUGUGAUUAUUGGGAGGUGGUUGGGCUCUCUCCUCCUGGUGGAGCUGAUAAUCUAGUGAAUGAGGACUCACUGGUUGAUGUCCAGUUAGACCAAAGACACAUGAUGCUUAGGGGAGACGUGUUGUCAAAGAUAUUCCGAGUUCGUUCAAUGGUGGGACAUUGUUUUCGUCAGCACUUCUUUGACAGAGGAUACAUUGAGGUAACUCCUCCCACUUUGGUGAAGACACAAGUUGAGGGCGGAGCCACUUUAUUCAAACUGGAUUAUUUUGGUGAUGAGGCUUAUCUAACCCAGUCUUCUCAGUUAUACCUUGAGACUUGCAUCCCAUCCCUGGGUGACGUGUUUUGUAUGGCACAGUCUUAUCGUGCUGAACCAUCACGAACUAGAAGACACAUUGCAGAAUACACUCAUAUUGAAGCUGAGUGUCCCUUUAUUUCAUUUGAGGAUCUCUUGGACAAAGUAGAGGACCUGGUCUGUGAUGUUGCUGAACGUCUCUCCAAGUCUCCAAUAUCAAGCAACUAGAGAUGUUGCUAGCAAAUAAAAUGAUACGUAACAAUGAGAACCAGUA